AUGUGUAAUUCUAGGGCCGAGAGGUUUGGCACAGCCGACUCAAAGGGAUCAGAAACAUCAAAGCAAUCUGAGGAGGUGAAGAGGAAGGCUAGAGCAGAGAGAUUUGGGCUUGCUGUACCCUCUACAGCUGUUGAUGAGGAAGAGAAGAAAAAAGCUCGACUAGCCCGAUUUGCACCAUAUGCCAAACCUGAUACAGUGGAAGGAGAAAAGAGAAAAGCUAGGGCGAUCAGGUUUUCUAAUCCUCCGUCAAGUUCUUUAGCACAGGAGGCUCCUAUUGCUGGAAAGGCUGGUGCAGUGCUCUAAGUUGAAGUUACCAUAGUUAGAAGGUCCAAUGUCCUAACAGCAUGUGAUUCUCUUGAAGCUUCUUUACAGUGUUUUUUUCUAACAUCAAAAUUCUAAGAGCAGUAUGCCAUCUCCAUAUGAAUUUCUGAAUCAGUGGCAA